AUGCUCAUCCACACGGAAGAUGCUUAUGUGAAGUUGAUUGAGGGUGAACCCACUGCGGAGAAAGCGUGGAAGAAGUUGGAGGAGAUCUUUGAGAAGAGGAGCAAUGCGCGCAUGAUUCAGCUCAGGAGGAAGCUGACGGGUCUAAGGGUGACCAAGGGGAAAGCCAUUGCAGAGUACCUAGGGGAAUUCCGGGAGCUCAAGAUAGAUUUAGAGGCGGCGGGACAAACCGUCUCAGAGGGUGAGCUGGCCGUGCACGCUUUCGAAGGUUUGCCGGAGGAGUAUGCCACUGUUGUGGAGUUCUUGGAGCUCGGAGAGGAGGAGCUAACCUUAGAUGAGAUCCAGCCAAAGCUAAUGCAGAGAGAGCAGAAGCUAAAGUUGAGGGCUGAAGCGGGGUCCUUGAAGGGGACUUCGGGUGGGGAUGAGGCUGUGGCGUAUGCCGCCAAGCAUAGGGGCUACUCGAGCUCAGAGAAGGGCCGGGGAAGCUCAAACGAGCUGGGAAGAAACUCGGAG